UUUUAUAAUUUGCAGGGAUAAUUUAGGUUGAUAAAAGAUCCAGGGGCCCGGCCUCAGUCCGCGGUCUUGAGUUGAACAGUCAUCCGACAUCAGAGCGAGUGAGUCGGUGUGAACAGCAGAGCCCUGCUGCACAUCAUGGGCGAUAGUAGAGAUUCUCAUAGUCCAGACAGCUCAUCCGUUUCCUCGCCACCAUCAGGUCAGCGUUCGCCCCCGUUGGGCCCUUCAGCCGCCGCCAUGACUUCCCUGCCACCCAUCACUUCGGCCGUGAACAGUCCCAUCAGCAGCAUGGGCUCACCUUUCUCAGUCAUCAGCUCCUCUCUGGGUUCUCCUUGCCUUCCUGGAACUCCCUCGGUAGGCUACGGCCCCAUCAGCAGCCCACAGGUGAGCACUUCCAUGAUAACACUUCUGGUUUUCCUCCGGACUCGACUCCCUAUAUUUCACCAAUAGACCUGUAUGUGCGCUACGAGACAAACAGUCCAGCUUGUUUGGUUUCCAGUUCUGCCAUCAGGAGUUGAGUUAA